AUGCCAAAUAUCAAAAUCUUCAGCGGCAGCUCGCACCAGGACUUAUCCCAGAAAAUUGCCGACCGCCUGGGCCUGGAGCUGGGGAAGGUGGUGACUAAGAAAUUCAGUAAUCAGGAGACCUGCGUGGAAAUCGGCGAGAGCGUCCGUGGAGAGGACGUGUACAUCGUUCAGAGUGGUUGUGGUGAAAUCAACGACAGUCUAAUGGAGCUUUUGAUCAUGAUUAACGCCUGCAAGAUUGCUUCGGCCAACCGAGUUACUGCGGUGAUCCCGUGCUUCCCUUACGCCAGGCAGGAUAAGAAGGACAAGAGCCGGGCUCCCAUCUCCGCUAAGCUUGUAGCGAAUAUGCUGUCGAUAGCAGGCGCCGAUCACAUCAUCACCAUGGACCUACAUGCUUCGCAGAUUCAGGGGUUUUUUGAUAUCCCAGUAGACAAUUUGUAUGCAGAACCAGCGGUCCUGAAAUGGAUCCGGGAGAACAUUUCGGAGUGGAAGGACUGCACCAUAGUUUCACCGGACGCUGGCGGGGCCAAGAGAGUGACUUCCAUUGCGGACCAUUUGAACGUGGACUUUGCCUUGAUUCACAAAGAACGGAAGAAGGCCAAUGAGGUGGACCGUAUGGUGCUUGUGGGAGAUGUGAAGGAUCGUGUGGCUAUCCUUGUGGAUGACAUGGCUGAUACCUGUGGUACAAUCUGCCAUGCAGCCGACAAACUUCUCUCAGCGGGAGCCACCCGAGUUUACGCGAUCCUGACCCACGGAAUCUUUUCUGGCCCAGCCAUUGUUCGCAUCAACGGUGCAUGCUUUGAAGCCGUAGUAGUCACCAAUACCAUACCUCAGGAGGAUAAGAUGAAGCACUGCUCCAAAAUACAAGUGAUCGACAUCUCCAUGAUUCUUGCAGAAGCCAUCAGGAGAACUCACAAUGGGGAAUCUGUUUCCUACCUAUUCAGCCACGUUCCUUUGUAA